GGUGCGGGUGGGAUUAUCUGCAUCUCCGUCUCUUCCACCGUGCUCUGUGGUCUGUACACAGUCAUUCACCAGAAAUCGUGCAUAAGCAGAGAGAGUAAGAUGGAGGACAAAAUACCCUUCAAGAAUUUGCAUAGCAGAGAGUAUCAAGGUCACAAAAAGAAGGUGCACUCAGUCGCUUGGAAUUGCACGGGCAACAAGCUGGCUUCUGGUUCCGUUGAUCAAACUGCUCGAGUUUGGCACAUUGAGCCUCAUGGUCAUGGCAAGGCUAAAGAUAUUGAAUUGAAGGGUCAUACAGAUAGUGUGGAUCAAUUGUGUUGGGACCCAAAACAUGCUGAUUUGAUUGCCACUGCAUCGGGUGACAAGACUGUUCGUUUGUGGGAUGCUCGUAGUGGAAAAUGUUCUCAGCAGGCAGAACUGAGUGGGGAGAAUAUAAACAUCACUUAUAAACCAGAUGGGACACACAUAGCUGUUGGUAAUAGGGAUGAUGAGUUAACAAUACUGGAUGUUCGGAAAUUUAAGCCAAUUCAUAAGCGCAAGUUCAAUUAUGAGGUAAAUGAAAUUGCUUGGAACAUGACAGGAAAUAUGUUCUUUUUGACAACUGGAAAUGGUACUGUUGAAGUGCUAGCAUACCCAUCUCUUCAAGCAGUUGAUACCCUCAUGGCUCAUACAGCAGGUUGCUACUGCAUUGCAAUUGACCCAACAGGAAGGUACUUUGCUGUUGGGAGUGCUGAUUCCUUAGUCAGCCUUUGGGAUAUAUCAGAGAUGCUUUGUGUGCGGACAUUUACAAAGCUUGAAUGGCCUGUCAGGACAAUAAGCUUCAAUUACACAGGAGACUAUAUUGCUUCUGCCAGCGAGGACCUAUUUAUUGAUAUAUCAAAUGUUCAAACUGGACGAACCGUGCAUCAAAUUCCAUGCCGGGCUGCCAUGAAUAGUGUGGAAUGGAAUCCAAAAUACAAUUUGCUUGCAUAUGCUGGGGAUGACAAGAACAAAUAUUCAGCUGAUGAAGGUGUGUUUCGAAUAUUUGGCUUUGAAAGCAGUUAAGCAAUGUUGCUCUUAUUCAUGCUUUUACAAUCUACUUGUUUUUUGCAGGUGUGUUUCGAAUAUUUGGCUUUGAAAGCAGUUAAGCAAUGUUGCUCUUAUUCAUAUUUCUCCUGCAGGCUUGUUAACUUGUGGUAGUAGACUCGAUUUUUCUUUUCCUUUAAUUUUAAUCUUUUAUUUUCUGAGCUUGUUCCUUUUGAUUUCCUCCAUUUGUAUUGGUAUUGUAUUUUAUACUCUAGUCAAGGAAAUGACAUCUCUUUCCCCUUAUUUUAACAUAUAUAUAUACACACACACACACACACCUUCCACAUGUUAAAGAAAAAAUUUGCUGAGAAUUUAAUGAUUAAAGAUAUAUAUGCUUAAAUUCGCUUACAGCAAGAAAUUGCGAGCACACAAGAAGUGUUGUUUAUUGAGCAUGAAGAAACAAGGUUGGUCUGACCUGCUUGAACUUAUUAUAACAAUAGCAGGAGCAAAUAAAUUCCAAAUUCAGGGUCUAGAAUUCUUGGCAAAAAUCCAUUUUAGAUGUAAGCAGUCUGGCUGGGGUGAAAAUGAAGUUAAUCAGGGGCUCAUAAAAGCUAAGAGAUCCAGAGGUUGUUGGUUCUCAAUCUUAUCAUGUAAGGUGUCGAAGGAACUGUUGUCAACAUCAAAAGAACUCCCCCAAAUUCCAAAAGAUGAUCUGAUGAUGGAAUUCAGAGGCACUUCAAUCCUUCGUUAGACCUCCAAAAAGGUGGCACAUUUAUAUUCGGACCAAGAUGCUUCAUCCCCAACUCAAGAGUCGGCAGCAGCAAGUCUCAGGAAAAGAUGGUGCCUGAGAUUCUGUUAAACUAAAAUAAAAGAAAUUGGACUUU